CCUAAGAGAAGUCCCAAGAGAAGGCCCAAGAGAAGGCCUAAGAGAAGGCUCAACAGAAGGCCCAAGAGACUGCCUAAGAGAAGGCCCAACACAAGGCCCAAGAGAAGGCCCAAGAGAAAGCCUACGGGAAGGCCCAACAGAAGGCCUAAGAGAAGGCCAAAGAGAAGGCCUAAGAGACAGCCCAAGAGAAGGCUCGACAUAAGGCCUAUGAGAAGGCCUAAGAGACUGCCUAAGAGAAGGCCCAAGAGAAGGCCCAACAUAAGGCCUAAGAGAAGGCCCAAGAGAAGGCCUAAGAGAAGGCUCAACAGAAGGCCUAAAGAAACUCAAGAGACGGCCCAAGAGAAGGCCCAAGAGAAGGCCCAAGAGAAGGCCCAAGAGAAGGCGCAAGAGAAGGCGCAAGAGAAAGCCCAAGAGAAAGCCCAAGAGAAGGCGUAAGAGAAAGCCCAAGAGAAGACGCAAGAGAAGGCCCAAGAGAAGGCCCAAGAGAAGGCCCAAGAGAAGGCGUAAGAGAAGGCGUAAGAGAAGGCGUAAGAGAAGGCCCAAGAGACUGCAUUCGGUUGCAACAAUUUAGGGCUUCUGUCGGUGGAGAAAUUCUGCUUCUGUCUCUGUAUUGGAUUGGAGAUGGUUGUACUUACAAUUGUUAAUAUAAAAUGGACUCUCUAGAACAACUCUGACUUGAAUGAAAUAAUUACAACAUCUUAUUUCUGUAACUACUGUCUCACUGAACCCAAAAAUAUAAACGCAACAUCCAACAAUGUUUAACAUUUCACAGUUCAUAGAAGGAAAUCAGUCAAUUUCAAGAAAUAAAUUAGCCCCUAAUCUAUGGAUUUCACAUGACUGGUGGGGACAGAUACCGUAAAAAAAAGUUAGGGGCAUGGAUCAGAAAACCUGUCAGUAUCUGGUGCGACCACCAUUUGCCUCA